AUGUUUAACUUGUCACAUGCUGCCGGUGCCAUCAACGCCAACGGCGGCGUGGUGACUCUUCCUGGGUUUUCACCGCCAGAAAUUCAGGUCCCAACCACCGAGCUACCCGAGAAGCUAAGGAGGCAACAAAUUACAGACGCCCGUGCCACAGGCAACCCUGUAUACUCAGCGCACAACCGGUGCUUUGGACUUGUUAACACGUUCUUUGAUUUGGAGCAUAGGCAUUGCGAGAUGUUCGUAGGCAAUGGUUACGUGAAGCGAGCCUACUUUGUCGGGCCCCUGUCAUUGCCGUCACAGCAGGUGGCAACCGGCGCCUACGACUCACAGUGCAUCGACUGGCUGGACAAGAAGCCAUCCAAGUCUGUGGUGUACUUGUGCUUUGGGAGCUUGACUCACGUCUCAGAGGGCCAACUCCGUGAGCUAGCUCUUGGGUUAGAGGCCUCUGAGGAGCAAUUCCUGUUGGUUAUCAGGUCGGAGACAUGGGUGCCACCGGAGGGAUGGACGGAGCGUGUUGGGGACAGGGGGAUGGUCGUCACCGGCUGGGCUCCGCAGACUGAUACUGGCGCACCACGCCGUGGGUGCGUUUGUUACGCAUUGCGGGUGGAACUCGGUCCUGGAAACGGUGGUGGCUGGUAUGCCGGUGCUGACAUGGCCUAUGGUGUUUGA